AUGGCAGCUAUCCACAAACUAUAUAUUCCCAUAAUCUACUCUUCCCACUCAUGUAAACCUUCGAUCUCACUAAACACCCCUAACUAUAAAUCCCAAUUGUUUGGCACCACAUUUUCAAGAAUUUAUAGCAAUCAAACCCCAGUACCGACACUCUCCAGAAGGCUGUUGUUGCCUUCAGUUUCUGGGCUCUGGGAUGCCUUAACUGGUGGAAAUUCUGCUCGUGAAGCCGUUUUAGCGAUACGACGUGGAAUGCUUCUAUUCAGACAGGGGGAUGUUUUGGGCUCUUUAGUGGAAUUUGACAAGGCAAUUGAGCUUGAUCCUCGCCAAAAGGCAUAUCUCUGGCAGAGGGGGUUAUCAUUAUACUACCUCGAUAGGUUUGAAGAAGGCGCAGAGCAAUUUAGAUUAGAUGUUGCACAAAAUCCAAAUGAUACAGAAGAGUCAAUAUGGUGCUUUCUCUGUGAAGCUAAGCUAUAUGGCGUUGAUGAAGCAAGAAGACGAUUUCUCAAGGUUGGCAGAGAUCCACGACCUGUAAUGCGGGAAGCAUACAACAUGUUUAAAGAUGGUGGAGACCCAGAAAAGCUCGUCACAGCAUUUUCAAAUGGACGGGAACAUGAAUAUUUCUAUGCUUCCUUAUACGCUGGCCUAUAUUACGAAGCUCAGAAUGAGGCCGAUGCAGCAAAAGUUCACUUAAUUGCUGCGUGUCAAUCUUCGUAUGGAUCAAGGUCUGAUGACUACAUGGCAUCACUUGCCAAGGCCACCAUCGUUUCGGUUUGCCGGGCAGAUGCUAGUGACAUCACUCCAUUGCUUUUGUCGUACACCAUUGAAUUGGAAUACAAACAGUUCAAGUGGCAUCUGCUGAAGAAGGCUUCUCAAGUUAUUUAUUUACACCUUGCAUUGAAGAAGCGUGCAUUCAUUGAGGAAUUUCAUGAGAAACAAGAGCAGAUUAAGGAAUGGCUUCAAAGCGUAGGAUUAGGUGAUGAUACUAUAGUUGUGCAUGAUGAGGAUGAACCUGAUGAUGGAGCUAUGCCUAUAUAUAAUGAAGAUAGUGCUAAAAACAGAAAUGUUCCAUCUAGGGCAGCUUUGUCAAUCAUUCGUCCAGCAAUCGGAAAUCAGGAGAACAUUUCAGAUAAAGCAAAAGUUGCAAUGCAAGGUUAUUUGAAUCAUUUUCUGGGAAACUUGGACAUUAUCAAUUCACGAGAGGUCUGCAAGUUUUUGGAGGUCUCUAACUUAUCAUUUUUACAAGAGUAUGGCCCAAAGUUGAAAGAAGGUUAUGUGAUGGCAAAACAUUUGACAAAAUUUUCAGAUGAUGAUGAUGCUUGUUCAAGAUGUUUUUUAUGUCAUUGGUGCAGUUGUAGCAACAACUGGAGAAAGGUUUGGCUCGUCCUGAAACCUGGCUUCUUGGCUUUCCUGGAGGAUCCUUUUUGCACCAAGCUCCUAGAUAUAAUUGUAUUUGACGUCCUACCAACUUUAAAUACUAAAGGAGAUGAAGAAGUUUAUUUGGCAAAAGUAUUAAAGGAACGAAAUCCCCUGCGCCAUGCAUUUCAGGUUUCUUGCGGAAAUAGAAGCAUAAAAUUAAGAACUACGAGCGCUACUAAAGUGCGAGACUGGGUUUCAGCAAUUAAUGAAGUCAGUUUAAAACCUUCUGAGAGUUGGUGUCGGCCUCAGCGCUUUAAUUCUUUUGCCCCUACAAGAGGAUUGAUUGAAGACGGAAGCCAUGCUCAGUGGUUUGUAGAUGGAAAAGCAGCAUUUGAAGCAAUUACUUCAUCAAUAGAGAAUGCAAAAUCAGAGAUAUACAUAACCGGAUGGUGGCUUUGCCCAGAAUUGUACUUAAGACGCCCAUUUCACAAUCACAGCUCCUCUCAACUUGACGUUUUACUUGAGGCUAAAGCUAAGCUAGGCAUAUACAUUCUCCUUUAUAAGGAAGUUUCUCUAGCUUUAAAAAUUAACAGCUCAUAUAGUAAGAGAAGACUUCUUAGCAUUCACGAAAAUGUUAGAGUUUUGCGAUAUCCUGACCAUUUGUCUACUGGAGUUUACUUAUGGUCGCACCAUGAAAAGCUUGUCAUUGUAGAUCACAAGAUAUGCUUUAUUGGAGGACUAGAUUUAUGCUUUGGCCGUUAUGACACAAUUGAGCAUAAAGUAGGUGAUUUCCCUCCUCUUCUAUGGCCUGGAAAAGACUACUAUAAUCCAAGAGAAUCAGAACCAAAUUCUUGGGAAGAUGCUUUGAAAGAUGAACUGGAUCGAGAGAAAUAUCCUCGGAUGCCAUGGCACGAUGUUCAUUGUGCUCUUUGGGGACCACCUUGCAGGGACAUUGCUAGACACUUCAUUCAGCGAUGGAACCAUGCAAAGAAAAGCAAAGCUCCGAAUGAACAGAAAAUACCGUUACUUAUGCCACAUCACCACAUGGUUUUACCGCAUUACAUGGGAAGAAGCAAAGAGAGAGACAUUUAUGAUAAGAAUUUCGAAGUGAAUCAUAAGGACAUCAGCAGGAAGGAUUCUUUUUCAUCAGAAUCACCACCAGAAGAUGUCCCAUUGCUUUUGCCUCCUGAAGCAAAUGGACCGGAAACUUCGAUUUUGGAACAUAAACCGAAUGGUUUAAACUCAAAUGAAUGUUGUGAGACUCCGCUAAAUGGGCAUUUUGAAGUUCUAUCAUUUGCUUAUCAAGAAUAUAAAUAUGGUCCUUCACUCUCUGAUAUGAAUACAAGUCGUUCUGCUGGUGAUCAUGACUGGGUAAAUACUCAAAGUAAAGCAAUAUUGGAAGCAACAGCAUCUGAAUCGCAAGUUAAGGAUUAUUGGUGCGAAACACUAGAGCAAGGUUCGAAGUUCGUAUUGUCCGAUGAACUAGCACAAGUUGGUCCACGUACUUCAUGCCAUUGUCAGGUCGUCCGAAGUGUCAACCAAUGGUCUGCUGGAACAAGCCAAACUGAAGACAGCAUUCAUAGAGCUUAUUGUUCUCUAAUUGAAAAAGCAGAGCAUUUCGUCUACAUUGAGAAUCAAUUUUUCAUAUCAGGACUUUCAGAAGAUGAAGUCAUCCAGAAUCGCGUACUUGAAUCUUUAUAUAAUCGCAUAAUCCGGGCACACAGAGAAAGGAAGUGCUUCAGAGCUAUAAUUAUCAUUCCACUCUUACCCGGUUUUCAGGGGGGUGUGGAUGACAGUGGUGCAGCUACUGUAAGAGCUAUCAUGCAUUGGCAAUACCGUACCAUCUGCAGAGGAGAAAGUUCAAUAUUGCAAAAACUUUGCUCCGAGUUGGGGCCGAUUGCUCAUGAUUUCAUAUCAUUCUAUGCUCUAAGAAAUUAUGGUAGACUUUUUGAUGGUGGUCCUGUGGUUACAAGUCAGGUUUAUAUUCAUAGCAAAGUGAUGAUAGUUGAUGAUCGUUUUGCUUUGGUUGGAUCAUCCAAUAUAAAUGAUAGGAGCAUGCUAGGAUCAAGAGACUCAGAGAUUGCUGUCUUGAUUGAAGAUACGGAAUUUAUCGAGUCAUCAAUGAAUGAGGAGCCUUGGAAAGCUGGAAAAUUUUCUUUGAGCCUUCGACUUUCCUUGUGGGGAGAGCACCUAGGAUUAAAUACUGAAGAACUUAGUCGAAUAAGAGACCCUAUGGCUGACUCUACAUUCAAGGAUUUGUGGGUAGAAACUGCAAAGGCAAAUACAAAAGUUUACCAAGAUGUUUUCUCUUGCAUCCCCAAUGACCUCAUACACUCCAGAUCUUCACUUAGACAAAGUGUUAGUCAUUGGAAACAAAAACUUGGGCACACCACUAUAGACUUAGGAGUAGCUUCUUCAGUGCAUGAAUCCUAUCAGAAUGGUGAACGUGUCAAUCUUGGCUUGUUGACAAAGUUAAAAUCCGUGAAAGGAUUACUUGUUUCUUUCCCCUUGGAGUUCAUGAAUCAAGAAGAAGAUCUCAGACCAAUGUUUAUUGAAGGCGAGUUUUAUGCUUCUCCUCAAGUGUUCCACUGA